ACUUAUAUCGACGAACACGAUGUACGAUUUAUAAUGUUGUGCUCCGCACGUGAUUUCAUUCGUACUUUCUUCUUUCGCGGCGGAUAAACGCAACACGUUAUACAGCUCUGAAAUUACGACUCUCAGAUCGCCUCUUACAACUCUCUUCUUCCCACCUGUCUCCAUAAUCCCUUCAAUUCUCUGAUUCCGUAAAGGAACUUGGAAUCAUGAGUGGAUUACAGACACAAGACUUCACUUCUACAUUAAGAUUAACAAAAGCACCAAAAGAUGCUACGACAGGACCUGAGUCAAAGCCAAAGAAGAAAAUCUGCUGUGCUUGCCCUGACACUAAGAAGCUCAGGGACGAAUGUGUUGUGGAGCAUGGUGAAUCAGCUUGCUCAAAAUGGAUUGAAGCUCAUCGUUUGUGCCUUCGUUCUGAGGGAUUUAAUGUAUGAUUUCAAAGCACAGAUAUCAAAUCAGAUGAGGAUAUUCAGGUUUUAGUUUUCAUGAACUCAUGCAUCCUGCAACUCCAGAAUAAAUGAAUUUUGAUUGAUUACAAUACAUUAUUGAGUUACAAAGGUCAAUCCUUUUUUUUAAUAUGUUUGUUGUUUUGUACACUACUGAUUGAAUCUUAAUAAUAAACACAGAGUUCUUGAUUA